AUGUAUUAUGAUGCAGGAUCUAGUAAAGGGGUCUCGGAUGCUCCCUUGACUCUCCACGUGAAGAAAGCUGGGGCUCCUGAUUUGACCAUGGUUGAUCUUCCUGGGAUAACUAGAGUUCCCGUGAAAGGACAGCCAGAGAAUAUCUAUGAGCAGAUCUCUGGGAUGAUAAUGAAGUACAUCAAGCCUCAAGAGUCCAUCAUCCUCAACGUUCUGUCAGCCACGGUCGACUUCACCACAUGUGAAUCCAUUCGAAUGUCCAGACAAGUUGACAAAACCGGCGAACGGACUCUGGCUGUUGUCACAAAUGCAGACAUGGCUCCUGAAGGUCUCCUUCAGAAAGUAACAGCAGACGAUGUGAGUAUUGGACUAGGUUACGUUUGUGUCAGGAACCGUGUAGGGGAAGAAACAUAUGAAGAAGCUAGAGAGCAAGAAGAGUUACUUUUCAAGACUCAUCCAUCGCUCUCCAUGAUUGAUGAAAACAUUGUCUGUCUCCCUGUUCUAGCUCAGAAGCUAAUACAAAUUCAAACAACCAUGAUUUCACGCUGCUUGCCUGAGAUUGUACGCAAGAUCAACCACAAGAUGGAAACCGCGGACCUCGAGCUAAAAAAACUGCCAAUGGUAAUGACUUCCAGUGGUGAUGCACUGAUGACACUGAUGGAUAUCAUCGCUUCUGCGAAAGAGUCUCUCCUAAGAAUCCUUAUCCAAGGAGAUUUCUCUGAGUUCCCUGAUAAUCAUAGCAUGCAUGGUACUGCUCGCCUGGCUGAUAUGUUAAGCAAGUUCUCAGAUGAUCUACAAGCAAAGCCUAAGCAAGUUAGAGAGUUCUUGAUCGAUGAGAUCAAAGUUCUUGAAGAAUGCAAAUGUGUUGGGCUUCCCAAUUUCACUCCGAGAUCUGCGUUCAUGGCUAUACUUUCACAACAUGUGGAUGACAUACAUGCAAAGCCGGUUGAGUUCAUCAAGAACAUAUGGGACUACAUCGAAGUUGUUCUCUCAUCAGUCAUCACCAAAUACUCUGAAAACUUUCCUCGAGUUCAACCUUCCAUCAAACGAGCUGGUCGAAAUCUCAUGAGCAAGAUCAAGGAACACUCAGUGGAUAGAGUGAUUCAGAUCGUUGAGAUGGAAAAGCUUACGGACUACACAUGUAGCCCUGAGUACAUGAAGUCCUGGACGGAGAAGAUAGAUGCUCAGAAGAGUUUCGUCGAUGCGGUUUUGAACGACAAGACAAAACCUGAGAGCUUCUCUAUAAAUGGGUUCGGGAGUGUGAAGAUAUCGCAUCUGCGAGAGUAUCAUGCUCAUUUGCUGCAACAGGCGUUUGAUAUGAAGAUGAGGAUCACAUCCUACUGGAAGAUUGUGCUUCGUAGGAUUGUGGACAACCUUGCGCUCUACCUUCAGCUAUCUGUGAAGUAUUUCGUCAACACUCAGUUUCAGAAGGAGAUCGUGGCGGAGAUGGUGGAUCCUAAAGGCGGGGGAGGAGUAGAGAGGAUGUUAGAGGAGUCUCCGUCGGUGGCAAGCAAGAGGGAGAAGCUGGAGAAGAGUAUUAAGGUUCUGAAGGAGUCCAAGGAUGCUGUGGCUGCCAUUGUUGAUCAAUAG